CGAACUGGGUUUAAUAUACAACUCUUCUUAACUUAGAAUUAUUAUCCCCUCAGUCUUCCGUAUUUUUAAACUAUUCUAAAAAUUUUGUGUUUCUAUUGUUGUUUGAGUUAAUCACUUCAACAUGUCAUCAGGAAUUCCAGUUGAUCCAGUGAGGGAGAAAAUUCUUCAGGAAAAUCGUAAGAAACUAAUGGAACAUAAAGAAAUUUCUAGCCGAUUAAAAGGAAUGCGCGAACAAGCCAAAGAACUAACAAAACAGUAUGAUAAAUCUGAAAAUGACUUAAAAGCACUCCAAAGUGUUGGUCAAAUUGUUGGAGAAGUAUUAAAGCAAUUAACUGAAGAUAAAUUUAUUGUUAAGGCAACAAAUGGCCCACGUUAUGUGGUUGGAUGUCGGCGUCAACUUGAUAAAGCAAAAUUAAAAGCUGGUACUCGAGUAGCUUUAGAUAUGACUACUUUGACAGUUAUGCGUUAUUUACCCCGUGAGGUUGAUCCAUUGGUCUAUAAAAUGUCCCAUGAAGAUCCAGGUGAAGUUACGUAUUCAGCUAUUGGUGGAUUAUCUGAACAGAUCCGUGAACUUAGAGAAGUUAUCGAAUUACCAUUAUUAAAUCCAGAAUUAUUUCAACGUGUUGGAAUAACUCCUCCUAAAGGUUGUUUGCUAUAUGGUCCUCCUGGUACUGGAAAAACAUUAUUAGCCAGAGCUGUAGCAAGCCAACUGGAUGCAAAUUUCUUAAAAGUUGUAUCAAGUGCCAUUGUUGAUAAAUACAUUGGUGAGAGUGCUCGCCUUAUUCGAGAAAUGUUUAAUUAUGCUAGAGAUCAUCAGCCAUGUAUUAUAUUUAUGGAUGAAAUAGAUGCUAUUGGUGGUCGUCGUUUCUCUGAAGGAACAUCUGCUGAUCGUGAAAUUCAAAGAACUUUAAUGGAACUUUUAAAUCAAAUGGAUGGUUUUGAUUCACUAGGCCAAGUUAAAAUGAUAAUGGCUACCAAUCGACCAGAUACAUUAGAUCCAGCUUUACUAAGACCUGGACGUUUGGAUCGUAAAAUUGAAAUUCCACUACCCAAUGAACAAGCAAGAUUAGAUAUUUUAAAAAUUCAUGCAGCUCCUAUUACUAAACAAGGGGACAUAGAUUAUGAAGCGAUUGUUAAAUUGUCUGACAAUUUUAAUGGAGCAGAUUUGCGUAAUGUGUGCACAGAAGCGGGUUUAUUUGCCAUACGUGCUGAAAAAGAUUAUGUGACUCAUGAAGAUUUUAUGAAAGCUGUUAGAAAAGUAUCAGACAAUAAAAAUUUGGAAUCUAAAUUGGAUUAUAAACCAUUAUAAUAAUAUAUCAUGUAUCUAAAACCAA